UUUUAAUGACACUAAAAAUAUCGUUUUCUUCUAUGAUGAUAUCAUUUUGUAACCUUCAGACUGUACAAAAUGGGAGUUGGAUUUAUGCUCGCUCAUCCAUAUGGAUUUACACGAGUAAUGUCAAGCUUCCGAUGGUCAAGAAAUUUUCAAAAUGGAGUAGAUGUUAAUGAUUGGAUUGGGCCACCAAAUAAUAAUGGGGUAAUUAAAGAAGUUACUAUUAAUCCCGACACUACUUGUGGUAACGAUUGGGUCUGUGAACAUCGAUGGCGUCAAAUAAGGAACAUGGUUAAGUUCCGUAAUGUAGUUGAUGGCCAACCUUUCACAAACUGGUGGGAUAACGGGAGCAACCAAGUAGCUUUUGGAAGAGGAAACAGAGGAUUCAUUGUCUUUAACAAUGAUGACUGGUAAGUAGAUAUCAAUUAGAAAUCACAUUUUA